AACACGGGAAAAAGAGGCGAACAUUGAGUGGGGUCGGGCGACUGUGGCCACAAAUAGAAUAAGCGGGGAGAAUCUACUCACUGCGUGUAAAACCACAUAACAGUGAUUAGUGCAAGACGUGUGAUUGUGCUGCGAAUGGAUCACCUGUCAGUGAUUUGUCGGUAGGGGAUCUGAGAUUGAAGUUCAGCCCCACUCCACAAUCCCAUCACUAAACACAGAGCUUUUUGUUAUCAACUCUAGAGUGGAGAUUCUUCGGGACUCGCGUCAGCCGGGCUGAAUCAAUGAGUGGGAAGGCAGAGUAUCAUGACAGGAUGGAGAGUAGCACUGGGGAUGACAGUUUGGACUUACGUGUUGGUGGAUUUGUUUGUGACAGGCGAGAUCAGUUUGUCAGGUGAUAUUCCUCGACGAAAGCCACCUUAUUCCGUGAUGGGGUCAAAUGCCCUUGAGAGAUCGGUACUAAUGGAUCGCCAGGAGAGACUGCAGCUCAACUGCGAGGAGGUGAUGAGGAUGGCUAGUCCUGAACUGGAGAAUCUCAAGCCCAAGGACUUUCGGAAUAUUCUGGUGGAUGAGGCGCACGAAUUGCUUUACUGCUAUGUACCAAAAGUAGCCUGCACAAACUGGAAGCGCGUUCUGAUGAUAGCAACCGGCAAAUGGCCUGGAAGUGAUCCCCUGGAAAUUCCAGCCAAUUUGACACACGCCCCUGGCACUUUUCUACGUCUGAGCAACUUCUCAAUGCCCGAAAUUGAGCAAAAAUUGGCAACUUACGAUGCACUCAUUGCAGUGCGCCACCCACUGGAGAGAUUGCUGUCAGCUUACAGGAACAAACUCGAGACGAGGGACGAGACGAGUUCAAAGUACUUCCAAACUCGUUUUGGAAGAAAGAUCGUCAAGAGAUACAGAAAAAAUGCCACCAGGGAGUCACUGCGCAAAGGCGAUGACGUGACUUUCGGGGAAUUUGUUGAUUUUAUCACUGAUGAUAAUAAUGGGACGACCAAUGAACACUGGAGACCAGUCAGUGAAUUGUGUCUGCCAUGUAUAGUUAAUUAUAAUCUCAUUAGCAAGUAUGAGACUCUGGUGGAAGACGCCACCGAGGUGCUGGAGAGGAUUGGAACGGGAUACAUAAGUUUUCCAUCGAAGCCAACAGGUCGCGAGCCAACGGAAAAAAAAUUGGAGGAUUAUUACUCAAGGCUCUCGUUCAAACAACUCAGGAAACUAGCGGAAUUCUACAGGAUAGACCUGAAACUGUUCGAUUACUCGAUGGAGGAUGUCCUGGGCUUCUCCCUCGCGUAACGUCGUAUUGCCACUUAUUGCAAUGGAAUUAUUGAAUAGAUCGUGUGAUUUAUAUAAUGCUCACUGAAAAGAGUGUUCAUCUUGAUGGAUGAAUUAGUCACAUAUGCCCAUGUGCCAAUUUUAUUCUACUGAAUAGUAACAGAGAUUGGUUUGGAGUCGCCUCAGGUAUAUAGACUAAUAAAAUCAUUCUUUGUAAGAAAAUAUGUGCAAUCAAAUAAAUACUGUCUUAUAUUUUUA